GGUUGCGCGUUAGCUUGGGAAGGGGUAAAUAGACGUAGAUAGGUUUGGUUUCUUCUCACGACGGCGUUUGAUCGUUCGCGCGCGUCUCUCCGGGGUGGGGUGCAUCGGUAGACCUAGGAGAGAUAAAGAGAGAGAAUAACUAAGCUUCGACUCGGACUCUUCUCUUGGUUUUCAUCGUCAGUCAAAUUCCGAACGUAAGCGCGCGCGCAACGUUUCAACGUUUAGUAGUUUUUCUCUUCUCUAAAACUGCCAGGCACGCUUUUAUUCAAUUUUGGUUGGUGCCACCAACCAAACGAAAUUAAGAUUAUAAAUAGAAAAAGAGUAAGAGAAAUUGGGUAAUAUUAGAGCUCGCCACAGCUCUACGGAAAUAGAUAUAUCUAGGGCCUUUUCCCUAUAGAGAACGCGCGCUCCUCCUUAGUGCGCAAGGGGGUGAGAGGGAAGAGAAUUGUUGUUUCAACAAAUUCAUUAAAAUGAAGGGCCUGACUUUGUCCUUGCUAAUUCUGACGGUGGUGGCAACGGUUACAAGGGUCGCGAGGUGUUACGAACCUUUCCAAGUGAUCUUUCAAUGGAACACGAUAGAUGUGGUCUGGCCGACGGAAGAGAUGCGCCAGUUCGCCCUUCGAAAGGGUGAUUACGUACCGGCUAACAAUUUGAUUUCCGGUAUAAAGUUUUGGAAAAAUAAAAUGUAUUUAACGGUACCAAGGUGGAAGAGCGGAGUACCGGUUACAUUAGGCGUCACGUCGGCGAUCCCGAUUGAAAGAAAUACGGCGCCAAAGUUGGAGGCUUUCCCUAGUUGGGCCAUGCAAAAGGUCGGCGAUUGUAACGCCUUUCAAUUGGUUCACGGCAUGGAGAUAGAUCCAAAGGGUCGAAUGUGGGUACUUGACACUGGAAGGCCCGCCGCCUUGACCUUGGACAGCAAAUCCGAGUGCAAGCCUCGCUUGGUCAUUUUAGAUCUCGAAAAUAAGGGAGAAAUACUUCGUAGUUACGAAUUCCCGGAAGAUGUUGCUCCUCGUGCUACGGCCUACCUGAACGACAUCGUUUUGGAUCACGAGGAUGGCGGUAUGGCUUAUAUAACCGACAACGGAAAUAACGAUCCCGGUAUUAUCGUUUACUCUUUGAAAAACAACACGUCUUGGAAGAUUAGACACGAAUCGAUGAAAGCAAAGGCCGAGGCUGUAGGCUUUAUGGUUUCUAAAACUCACGUUAUAUUACCGAUUCACGUUGAUGGAAUAGCUCUCUCGCCAGCGAGCAGCAAGGACAGACAUGUCUACUAUUCUCCCAUCUCUUCCUUUCACCUUUAUUCCUUGCCGACUUCCGUUUUGAAGAAUAAUACGAAGGACGUCAAUCGAUACGUCAAAGAACUCGGUCGUAAGAGCUCGCAGACCGAUGGCAUGGCCAUGUCCGCUACCGGUGUACUUUAUUUCGGUCUUCUCGCGGAUGACGCCGUUGCUAUUUGGGACACCAAACAGUCGAACUCUUUUACCACCGGUCAAAGGAUCAUAUCGAGGGAUCACACUCAUAUGCAAUGGCCCGAUACAUUCGCUUUUGACGAAGACGGUAACUUUUACUGCGUUACCAAUUCCUUCCAAAACUUUAUCAACAAUCUCGUAGACGUCAAUGUCCCCAAUUAUCGUGUCAUUAAGACACGAGCCUUAUCAAAGAGUUAUCAAUAUUUCGAAGAUGGUACGGCACCGGAACUACCAAAUAUCACAGCUGGCGUUGCUGGACUUUCCGUCCUUCUUUCUACGAUAUUAUUCCCUCUUUUCCUUCUACAUAUUUUCAAUUAA